CGUCGCUAGGUACAGUUUUUUCCAUUUUCUAACGGACGAUCAAAAGGUGAAGACGAAAAAACUGAAUCCUUGUCCUGCUGAAUCGGAAUCGGAACGAUGAAAUCCGGAUUACUAUCCGUUAAACGGCCCGGCAGCCGCCUAAAAUUAGUUCUGCUGCUGGUUGUGUUCCUGGAGUCUUUGACCGGAAGAACUGAGGCGGCGGAAUUGGAACCAACUCAGCUGAGCCAAUUUCCUGCUGUCGUUAUUCGUCGGGCAUCAGGUUCGCCUAAGGUAUCGACCGGAGGUGAGUUCUGUGCCGCUUAUAGAGUGUCCGACGGCGGUUUCCUGACUUCGAGUCAGUGCUAUGACGGAAAAUCGCCUCUCAACAUUCAAGGUAUGGGGCAUGUGCGGGUCGAUCGGGUGUGGUUGCAACCGAAAAUUAAUCGAACUGCCCGACAGGGCCUAACUUUGUUCCGGUUCACGGAAAAAAGUUCAACUCCCGGUGUCGAUAGGAAGCUGUCGAUCACGUCUAAAGCCACCUUUGCCGGAGAUCGAUCCUGUGAGGUGGUUAAGCUCAACAAGCACUUCCAGUGGAGUCCAGUAACGGGAGCAAGCCUGGCAGAUUGUUCGAAAAACAACCCGGAAGCAGACCGCAUUUGCUACCGAUUGACAACGGGUGACGAAUCGGCGCUCGAUUUUGCGGUUCUGUGCCGAGGAUAUCGGGUUUUGCAGGCCAUUCUUCACAGCCGCUCGGGCAAGGAUCUUCAAUUUGUCGAUUGCAAUCGCGCCGGAUGUCUGAAUUUUGUAAAACACAAAUUCUUGCGAAGGAUGCGAAAAGAAGCAGGAUUACCGUGGAACGCAGCCGAAUUACCAGUUCCGGAAGACUUUCUGGCAAAGGUACACUGGAACCUGCCACACCUGUUUAGACCAGAAAGAAGUUUAGAGUCCCACUUUCGACAGAGGAGGGACGAUGCUGAACCGGCAGGUGAACCGGAAGCUAAACCGGAAGCUAAACCGGAAGAUAAACCGGAAACUGAACCGGCAAGUGAAGGGGGUGCCAAAGAAACGGAUGGCGGAACUAAUAACAGUGGAAAACCCGCGGAUAGCAGUGCUCCUGGUGGUGGAGGCUCAAAGGAAGGGGCAGACGACUUUCCACUUCCUCCCGUGAAUGUCAGUUUUGCCGGAUUUCCGGAGAACUUCCCGUACCCGGAAACGAAUGUUGUCCAGUAUCCUCCAAUUCCAACCCAACCCCGAGGAGGCAACGCACCACAGGUCUAUCCGUCGAAACAAGUUGGCGAAGAGCCGACUGGGGGAACCGAUUAUACAAGCGAACCUGUCUCGGAACCUGGUUCCGAAACUGCCACCGAUCCUUCAACACUCGAUUAUUUCGCCCAAACUGAAGAAGGCACUCCGGCAGCUUCAGCUCCCGUUCAGGGUCCACCGAGUCCUAACCCGAUAUAUCCCAAUCAGGCACCGGAAGACGACGAUUGCGGUGAAUGCACUGCCUGCCAGGAGAAUAGGCCGGAAGAUUGGCGCUUUACCACCACGGUGGCACCGGAUCCGAAAUGUCCCAGUGUAGCAGGCCCUGAGAAGGGUUCCAAUGUAUGCCCACGUGGACCCAGCCCCAGGGAUGGAGAGGCGCCGGGAGCCGAUGCCGGAGCCGAGCGGCUGAUUGCUGCUGCCAAGCCCUUGACAAUCGGGUUGGUGUGGCUGUGCGGCAAAGUUUUGUUUUACAUUUAAAACGGGUCCUAAUGAGCCACGAUGUUUCAAAAUUUUAUAAAUAAAUAAAACCGUUGCUUUAAAUUAUCAUGUUAACGUAAAAAAAAAAUUGUUGAUUGAAUCAAAA